CCAACUCCGUUCAUUCUCAUCCUACUCCCCGGCUGGAAAAAUGGCUGCUUCAGCGGCAGCGCAGGGCUCAAACCCCGGUCUCUGCCCCAGUUUCGCAGUGGUCUGCUCGUUCCUGGAGCGCUACGGACAAGCCCUGGACCUCCCCGAACUCACAUUUCCGCAGAUGGAGAGGUAUCUCCGGGACACAUCGACAGGUGGGAAGGGAGAGGAAGAGGGUCUCAGCAUCAUCAUCACUGACUUGUUAGCUAGCUGGGUGGUCAGGGGGGAGCCAGUACAGCUAGCUAGUGACACUGUGACAUGUGCCUGGGUAUAACUGGCUAACGUUACUGAUUGAUGUAGCUAGAUAGCUAGAUGUACCGUUACUUAGCUAUUUGAUAAGUAGCUAACUAGCCAUUCCUGUUUGAAUUACCAAACUAGCUAGUUAGCUUCAUUUUGUUAGCUCGCUAGCUAUCAGGUGUACUUUUCCAUCAUGUUUGCCUAUCCAUACUAGUGCAAGAAAAGUAUAAAACUCAGCCCCAGUUGUGUAUGAGUAAAUACAGUUUGAAUACAAUCGAUCUCGUAUUCUGGCAAAUCGUGUCGUAAACAGUUGUCAAAAUAGUCCGAUAAAAACACUACUUGGCAAGUAGGGUUGCUGACUGUCAAUUUCGCGCAGGCGCAAUGCGUGAUGUAGCCGAGCUAGCCAACUUCACGCUAAACCAAGCUAACGUUAGUUGUGUUGGUGGCUAUCAAUUCAUUAAAAUAAAAUACCGCUGAUUUCAAAUUCCUCAGACUUUACAUUUGCCACAGUUCUAACUAUUUCAAUCAUCUUUAGAGACAAUGGUAGCUACUGAGGUUUUCUUGUCACGAUUUAGCUAGCUAUCUGGCUAGCUGUGUGUGGCGUACCUAGCUAGCUACUAACGUUACAGUAUCUGUAGGAAAUAUGUUGUUACUAGCUAGCUAGUUAGUUAACUGUAUGUAGACUGCCGUGAUAACGUUGUUAGCAUUUUCCACAUUUCCUCCCUUGUUCACCAAACACAUCGUCGUGUUUUUUUUAUUAAUGCAAAAAAUGACAAUCAAUCACAGUUGUUGAUCUUACCUCCACCUGUGCCACUGUUAGCUAGAUCUUUGAGAAUAAUUCUAAGAAAGUGUGAAUCAAUGUGAAUUACACAGACAUUCAGAAUAAAUGAAGAGAAUGUUGAUUUUUUUUAUUCCCAUAGCACAUGUGUUGUAAUAAGUGUUUAGUGUUAUACUAGCUGGUGUUAUGACAGUGUGUUUAGUUUUAUAACAAACAAAUGUAUUAACUCAUGUAUUAUCUCUCUCUGUGUGUAUCUCUCUCAGUUCCCACGCCACUGGUGGAGCUGCACAUCAAGCUUUUGAGGAAGCUUGGCAAGUCUGUGUCUGCAGACAAGUGGGAGAGGUACCUGGCAAAGGUGAGCUGUGCUUGGUGUGUGUGUGUGACUGUGUGUGUGUGACUGUGUGUGUGUGUGUACACCUGUAAUGAAUGUAUAUUUAUCACCCAGGUAUGCCAGGACAUCAACAGUAGCUGGGCAUGGGAGCUGGAACACAAAGGCUACCAAGACAUGAGCAUGGAGUGCAAAACCAGCAUCCUCAAAGUAAGACACACACACCUUGUGCAGACUAUCACACUAAGAUACCAGUCUACCUCUUUACCUCCGUUGUGAUAUCUACUCUAUGUAUGAAGAGUAUUGAUAAUAUACAGUGCCUUCAGAAAGUAUUCACACCCCUCAACUUUUUCCACAUUUUGUGUUACAGCCUGAAUUUAAAAUGUAUUACAUUUAGAUGUUGUGUCACUGAUCUACACACAAUACCCCAUAAAGUGGAAUUUUUUUUUUAGAAAUCUUUACAAAUUAAUACAUUUAAAGCUGAAAUAUCUUGAGUCAAUAAGUAUUCAACCCCUUUGUUAUGGCAAGCCUAAAUAACUUCAGUAGUAGAAAUGUGCUUAACAAGUCAGAUAAGUUGCAUGGACUAACUCUGUGUGCAAUAAUAGUGUUUAACAUGAUUUUUGAAUGACUAUCUCAUCUCUGUACCCCACACAUACAAUUAUCUGUAAGGUCCCUCAGUCGAGCAGUGAAUUUCAAGCACAGAUUCAACAACGAAAACUGCAAAGAAGAGCACCUAUUGGUAGAUAGACCCAUGGGGCGGCACACAAUUGGCCCAGUGUCGUCCAGGGUAGGGGAGGGAAUGGCCGGCAGGGAUGUAGCUCUGUUGGUAGAGCAUGGCGUUUGCAACGCCAGGGUUGUGGGUUUGAUUCCCAUGGGGGGCCAGUAUGAUUUUUUUUUUUUUUUAUAAUAAUGUAUGCACUCACUAACUGUAAGUCGCUCUGGAUAAGAGCGUCUGCUAAAUGACUCAAAUGUAAAUGUUGAUGGGUAAAAAAUCAAAAUAAAGCAGACACUGAAUAUCCCUUUGAACAUUGGGAAAGCUAUUAAUUACACUUUGGAUGGUGUAUCAAUACGCCCAGUUACUACAAAGAUACAGGCGUUCUUCCUAACUCAGUUGACGGAGCGGAAGGAAACCACUCAGGGAUUUCACCAUGAGGCCAAUGGUGAUUUUAAACCUGUUACAGAGUUAAAUGGCUGUGAUAGGAGAACUGAGGAUGGAUCAACAACAUUGUAGUUACUCCACAAUACAAACCUAAAUGACAGCGUGAAAAGAAGGAAGCCUGUACAGAAUACAAAUAUUCCAAAACAUGCAUCCUGUUUGCAAAAGGCACUAAAGUAAUACUGCAAAAAAUGUGGCAAAGAAAUGAACUUUUUGUCCGGAAUACAAAGCAUUAUGUUUGGGGCAAAUCCAACACAUCACUGUGUACCACUCUUCAUAUUUUCAAGCAUGGUGGUGGCUGCAUCAUGUUAUGGGUAUGCUUGUCAUCGGCAAGGACGAGUGAGUUUUUUAGGAUGAAAAGAAAAGGCAAAGAGCUAAGCAUAGGCAAAGUCCUAGAGGAAAACCUGGCUUUCCAACAGACACUGGGAGAUAAAUCCACCUUUCAGCCGGACAAUAACCUAAAACGCAAGGCCAACACUGGAGUUACUUACCAAGACGACAUUGAAUGUUCCUGACUGGCCUAGUUACAUUUUUUACUUAAAUCUGGCUGAAAAUCUAUGGCAAGACUUGAAAAUGGCUGUCUAGCAAUGAUCAACAACCAACCUGACAGAGCUUGAAGAAUUUUAAAAAGAAUAAUAGGCAAAUAUUGUACAAUCCAGGUUUGCAAAGCUCUUAGAGACUUACCCAGAAAGACCCACAGCUGUAAUUGCUGUCGAAGGUGAUUCUAACAUGUAUUUCUGUUUCAUGAAUCUUUUUUUCUUGUGUAGAUCUUUGACAAAAAAUGACAAUUAAAUGUGGAAAAAGUUAAGGGGUGUGAAUACUUUCUGAAGGCACUGUACUGUUUUCUUCUCUCUGUCUGACCCUAACCCCCUCAUCUCUCUAACCCCUGACCCCAGUACCUGUGUGAGAUCCAGUUUGAUGACAACCUGAAGUUCAAGACGUUGGUGAACGAGGAGGAGGCGGAGGCGAUGAGGCUGCAGCCAUUGGGCAGAGACAGACAGGGCCUGAUGUACUGGCUGCAGAUUGACGCCCAACACAACAUUCGCCUGUACACAGAGGAACAGGACGACUGGGACGGAUCCACCUGGAGAUGUAUCGUCAGGUAACGAUGGAUGGAUCUUUUAUAAUAUAUAUUUUUUGCAACCCUAGUUGGAGCAUCUUAGGAGAGAGAAAGGGUGAAAAAUAAUUUGCCCCCUUGCUAAUUUUCUCUACUUUUGCAUAUUUAUGAUACUGAAUGUUAUCAGAUCUUCAACCUAAACCUAAUAAUAUAUAAAGGGACCCUGAGUGAACAAAUAACACAACAAUUACAUACUUAUUUCAUAAACAAAGUUAUGCAGCACCCAAUGCCCCUUUGUGAAAAAGUAAUUGCCCCCUUACACUCAAUAACUGGUUGUGGCAUCUUUAGCUGCAAUGACUCCAACCAAACGCUUCCUGCUUUAACUCAGCGACAUUUGUGGGUUUUCAAGCAUGAACUGCUCAUUUCAAGUCCUUCCACAACAUCUCAAUUGGGAUUAGGUCUGGACUUUGACUAGGCCAUUCCAAAACGUCUGUGAGCUAAAGCACAGCUGUGUCAUGCAGCAAGACAAUGGUCCAAAACACACAAUCAAGUCUACAUGAAAAUGGUUAGAAAGCAACACAUUUGAAGUUUUAGAAUUGCCGAGUCAGUCCAGACCUAAUCCCAAUUGGGAUGUUGUGGCAGGACUUGAAACGAGCAGUUCAUGCUUCAAAACCCACAAAUGUCGCUGAGUUAAAGCAGUUCUGCAUGCAAGAGUGGGCCAAAAUUCCUCCACAACCAUGUGAGAGACUGAUCAACAAUUACAGGAAGCAUUUGGUUGCAGUCAUUACAGCUAAAGGUGGCACAACCAGUUAUUGAAUGUAAGGGGGCAAUUACAUUUUCAAACAGGGGAAUUAUGCAAAAAUAGAGAAAAUCACAAAGGGGGCAAAUACGUUUUCACGGCACUGUAUGUUCAGAAUAUUCUGUUUGUCCUCAGAACCCGGAACGACUUGGCCGAUGCUCUAGACCUCCUGAAGACCCAGCUGGACCCAGAACACAAGGAGAAAGAGGAGGGAGAGACGGAGAGAGAGAAAGACAUGGACAGAGAGAAGGAGGGAGGAUCCAACUGUGCCAAACCUGUGGAGAGGGGGAGAAGACACAAGGAGGAGGGUAAGGGUUCUGUUGCUACUUGUAAUAUGAUGGUGUAGUUACUAGUAAAUUAUUGUGUUGUUACUACUGAUAAAUUAUAAUUGUGUUAUUAUAAAUGAAUGUUGGAACCAGAGCUGCAAUAUAAUAUGUCAUCAUGUGUGGUGAUUUUUCAAGGCGAGGCUGGAGGAGAGGUAGAGGAGGAGGAAAGACUGAAGAGGAAGGCUGAGGAAGACAAGAACAAGAGUAAAGAGAGAGAGGAGGAGGAUAAGCGAGAGAAGAGUAGAUCAUCUCCCUACCCAGAAUCCACUAGUACGGAUGACAACACGGCGUCUUUAGCAGAGAAGGAAAACCCAACCAAGCUUGAACCGGUAGUCUCAGUGAAGGAGGAAAACAUUGCAGUUGAGAUGAAGGAAGAAAAGGAAAUAAAAAAACGUGGUGAGAAAGAAGAGGGAGAGACACAGAGUGUGAGGAAGGAGGAGAGGUCAGAAGUGAUUGACAACAGAGUGAGCACCAUCACUGCGCUCGUCAAAGAGGAGCCCCAAACGCUUAGCAACUCCCCUAGCAACGCUGUCUCCGUUGUCAUGGUGCCCAUCUCAGCAACGACAAAACUGGAAAUUCCUCCUGUGAAGGAGGAAGCGGAACGGGCCCUGAGGACCGACCAGCAGGCCAAGAUACCACUGAAGAAGAGAGAGCUCUUUGGUGCCAACCGUCACCAUAGCAAUACGCAUCAUAACAACAAUAGCCAUAGCAGCAGUACUAGCAGUAGCAUCAUCGUCCGUAACCCUUCAGUAACACAUACCAAGGAGGAGCAGCUGGGGAGGCAGUCAGCGCCACCUGUGGGCCUGGCUAUCCCACUGCCAGAGGAGCUGACCAAUGGGGGGGCUCCCCUAAACGGGCUUGGAGGGCUCACAGGGGGUAUAGGUCAUGUGGGGGUCAUCUGCAGGUCGGCCUCGCAGCAACAAGAUGGCGGAUCGGUCUGUACGGAGAGAACCAGACCAGGGGCAGAGGAGGAGGGGGAGGAGAGGAGCAGGCAGUCAGUCCUGGUGAGGAAGAGCCCUGGCUGGGGAGAGACUGGAGCCCCAACACCCCUGGAGCCUAGAGGACAGGAGAGACAGGCAGGAGGAGAGGAGAGAGAGAGGGAAAGGAAUGAGAAAGGAGAGAGAUCGAGGGAGAGGUUAGGAGAGGAUGGAAGAGAGAACGCGAGGGAGAGGUUAGAUGGAGACCAGUCUGGAGAGAGGGAUGACAACCCAAAAGAGAAAGAAGAGAAAAAGACCACCCUCCAUAUGGAGAAAAGCGAGGGAUGCCAUGGAACAGAGGAAGAAGCAAAGAAGAAGAGUACCUCAGGAGAGAAGGAGCAGGGGUCCGAGAGCAGCCAGACUGUUGAAGGACAGAGGGACCAGGAGGACCAGGGAGAGGCCCUCAGCACAGACACACCAGCCCAUGCCGGGGUGAGGGGAGCUGGGCAUGGAGCAGCAGACCGGCCGGGUCCCCUGGAGGCCUCCUCUGAGCUGCAGAAAGAAGGGAUCAGGCUGAAGAUAAAGAUCCCUCCCAACCAGAGGAUAGAGAACGUGAGAGAGGAGGAGGAUAAGGGGGAGGAGCAGGGAGAUGGGAGGUCUCUGCGGAGAUCGGCUCGGAUCUGCAGGUAAGGUCCAUGAUGGAAUCUCUUCCCAUCACAAUGUCUCAAUGAUUAUUACCAUAAUAUAACUUAUUUCAUCACAAUAACUGAGGUGACAAUUUAUCAUGUAGAGCUGAACAAUAGAUACAAUAUUCUGCUGUAACUCACUCAUCCCCGUCGUGCCGACUAGCUUAUAGGGCAGCAACAAAGGCUCUCCACUUCUGACUGUCUUUGGCUAUCUUCUCCAACUGUGCCCCAGCUCUGCUGGUGUUGUUGGAGCUGUCUCCAUUGUUCUGUAAAUUGAUAUUUUACUGAUCAACCCUACCUACAGACCCAGCCCAAACAAGGUGGAGAGCCAAGACGCACCCCCGAGAGUGAGGGAGGAAGAAGAGGAGGGGAAGACUGCUCAAUGGCAAAAGAAGAGAGCAAACCCUGAGGGACAAAGCAGGACUGUAAAGGUAACUACUUUGUUUUAAAAGUUUAAUUUACUCAUUUAUAAGUGAUGUAGGAAUAAGGCUUUGUAUGAAUACCAAAAUGAUCAUAGCCAAGAAAUUGUUGGUUGUCAAUGUGCUUGAUUGUAACCAUGUGUUUGUGUCUACAGAGCAGACGAAGACAACGAGGCGCCCGCUGGUCAAACACUCGAGCGAAGAGAUGCAAACCGAACGAGGGAGGAGAGGAGAGAGGGAGGGAGGAGGAGAGAGGGAGGGAGGGAAGUAUUUGUGACUCAGAUGACUCUAGCCAAUCAGAAGAGACGCCUAAUGAAGAUCCCUGCAGCCACUGUGGACUCCCCAACCACCCCGAACUGGUGAGAAGAGAGUGUGUGGAGGAGAAUGUGUUUCUUGUUUCUUUACAUCUCGGCAUCUGUAUGACUUAUGAAGUGUUGUGUGUGCUUUACUGUGAAGCCAGAAACACUGUGUGUUUAAACUGUUUCCCUUCUGCAGAUCACUAUCUAUUCUUGAUUUCAUGAGUUUAUUUGUACCCAGCACCUGAAUGCGCGUACACUCCGUUUGAAACCAACCUGUGUGUUUCUCUGCUGCAGAUCCUGCUGUGUGAUUCAUGUGAUAGUGGUUACCACACCGCCUGUCUCAGACCCCCUCUCAUGGUCAUACCUGAGGGAGAAUGGUUCUGCCCGCCCUGCCAACACGUAAGUGAGAGAGAGAGAGAGAGAGAGAGAGAGUGUGUGUGUGUGUGUGUGUGUGUGUGUGUGUGUGCGCGUGUAUGUGUGUUAACACUGUCCCUGGUCUCUGUAGAAGCUGCUGUGUGACAGACUAGAGGAGCAGCUGCAGAAUCUGGAUUGCGCUCUGAAGAAAAGAGACCGAGCUGAGAGGAGGUAACACACACAUACACACACACAGUCUCACACACAGUCUCACUCACACACACACCUAACACACUGAAAUGGUUGUGUAAUUCCUGUGUGUUUUGUCUCUAGGAGGGAGCGUCUGGUGUAUGUGGGAAUCAGUGUGGAGAACAUCAUUCCUGUAAGUACACGCACACACAAUUAGGCUAUCAGGCAAAAUGAGUCUAGAAGGCCAAAUCAAUGAUCAUAAUCUGAAUGUGUGUGUUAUGUGUUUCUAGCAGGAAGGGGAGGGAGAAGAGGAGAAACAGGCGAAGAAGAAAGAUGCAAAAAAGACCAAAAACCUGGGAAGGAGGUCUACCAGAACCAGGAAGUGUAUCAGCUACAGGUGUGUGUGUGUGUGUGUGAGAGAAAUAGAAGUGACAGCACAGCUCAAAUAAAAUGGGUUUCUGUUAGCUAGUAAUUGCCGGCUUUUGGCAGAGGAAAAAUAAUCCCAUUGCAAAAUGUAGUUGAAUUCAUUGAUGGAAAUAUCAGUCGAUGGAAAUACAUUUGACCGUCAUGCUUAUCGGUCUAUAGGUUAAUUUGCUACAUUUAGUGGAACUAAAUUGGGGCGUGUGUACUUUCAUUAGUCGUCAUGCAUCUUAUUUAUCACAAGCAUACAGAGCCUAUUUUGAGCGGAAUAUCACUUGUCAAACUCGUUGCUGCUGGAGUGAAACAUGUCAUUGCGCAACAAUUCUAAAUGCAAUUGCAUGUUAAAAACAGUUUUGUUGGCCACGAUUGUAAAGAGCUACUAUAUAUUUUUUCCUCAACUGGUAAUUGAAGCGCGCCUCCCAUUCGCCAUUCAAGUGCGUAGGCUAUGGUAGGCAGGCUAUCAGCGAGUCACCCACUACUUUGCAGUGUGAGCUGGAGGCAGUAUACAUUUUGAAAACAAAUACUUAAUUAUUUGAAACCUGAAUGUUUUACCUUGCUUCAAAGUAGCCUAGGCAAAAUCUGACCAUAGAAACCUGGAGGCAAUUAUUUUAUAAAGACUUCCUCAUAUUCCAGUGAAACCAGCAUUUCUCUUCUGUUGUAUUGGUUUUCAUAUCAACUUUAUUUCGUUGUCCGGAAGCCAAAGGCACAAUUUUAGAGACCCAUCCUAGUUGUAUCUUUAGAUUCUCCUUCAUUCUAAGCUUCUAACAGAGAUUUUCAUCUCUGUCACAUAUGGAACCGCUUGCAUCAGGUGUGCUGUAUACAAUAGCGUUACCCUUAGUCUACUAUAGCACGAGUCGGCUUGGUUGGUUGCUGUCUCUCCCUGUGUCACUCGCUUACAGUAAGGCCCCUCCCCUGUCUGCUAGAGCAGCUCCGGUUAAUAAAGUAGCUAAAAAAAUGCCUUUUCUGCUGCUUCCCUCACUCAGAUCGGACCAGGUCUGGAUCCGACCAGGUCUUUACGGAACGGGUCUAGUUGUCCUCGGGUCCGUACAGAACGGGUCUUUAUAUAAAAAAAUUUUUAUGCAUAUCAGGUACAGGCUCUGAGGCAACUCAGGGCUGGGGAGGGGGAUGACUUAUACUGCUGAGGGUUUACUAUAAAGUACACAAUGGACUGUGUAGGCUGGAAAAUAUUAACAGUAUUAACUGGCUGUUUGGAAAUUGUUAAAUGAACUGAAGUUGUUAAAAAUAGUUAUGUUUGAUUUUCAUUGGAGGUAAAACUAGCUGGCAUUUUAAAUAACGUGGCUUCUAUGGUAUGCAACUAAACAAUCAACACAAAAUGGCUGAUGUGGGUGUAAUGAGGCAGUCUGGCUCUAAUCUACUGUAUCUUUCAAUUUGACUAUUUGAUUACAAGUGGAGGAUUUAAAUCUGCUCUCUGACUGCCAAUAGCCUUCCCAAGCGCUGCAUCAUCAUUGAGAAGAAAACAAAUGGUCAAGUCCAUUUCAAAAUGGGUUCAACUUUUUGGACCCGUCAAGAAAUCUAGUUUGAGCUACUCCAGGAAGUGAUGUUGCAGGCUAGCUCAGUGCUGCCUCCUCUCAUUGAGUAACUCAAAUUGAAGGCCAACCGGUGUACUGCAGGCAGCCAUUAGCAACUAAAUUAUCCUUCGAACUUCUUCUGUGCGCAGUUUUAAAACAGUAGGUAUAAGGACAUACAGUGCCUUCGGAAAGUAUUCAGACCAUUUGACUUUUUCCACAUUUUGUUAUGUUACAGCCUUAUUCAUAAAUUGAUUAAAUUGUUUUUUUCCCUCAUCAAUCUACACACAAUACCCCAUAAUGCCAAAGCAAAAACUGGUUUUUAUAAAUUUUAGCAAAUGUAUUACAAAUAAAAAACUGAAAUAUCACAUUUUACAUAAGUAUUCAGACCCUUUACUCAGUACUUUGUUGAAGCACCUUUGGCAGCAAUUACAUCAUCAAGUCUUCUUGGGUAUGACGCUAAAAGCGUGGCACACCUAUAUUUGGGGAGCUUCUCCCAUUCUUCUCUGCAGAUCCUCUCAAGCCUGUCAGGUUGGAUGGGGACCGUUGCUGCACAGCUAUUUUCAGGUCUCUCCAGAGAUGUUCGAUCGGGUUCAAGUCCGGGCUCUUGCUGGGCCACUCAAGGACAUUCAGAGACUUGUCCUGAAGCCACUCCGGGUUGUCUUGGCUGUGUGCUUAGGGUCAUUGUCUUGUUGCAAGGUGAACCUUCGCCCCAGUCUGAGUUCCUUAGCACUCUGGAGCAGGUUUUCAUCAAGGAUCUCUCUGUACUUUGCUCCGUUUAUCUUUGCCUCGAUCCUGACUAGUCUCCCAGUCCCUGCCGCUGAAAAACAUCCCCACAGCAUGAUGCCACCACCACCAUGCUUCACCGUAGGGAUGGUGCCAGGUUUCCUCCAGACGUGACGCUUGGCAUUCAGGCCAAAGAGUUCAAUCUUGGUUUCAUCAGACCAGAGAAUCUUGUUUCUCAUGGUCUGAGAGUCUUAAGGUGCCUUUUGGCAAACUCCAAGCGGGCUUUCAUGUGCCUUUUACUGAGGAGUGGCUUCCGUCUGGCCACUCUGCCAUAAAGGCCUGAUUGGUAGAGUACUGCAGAGAUGGGAGAAACUUCCAGAAGGACAACCAUCUCCACAGAGGAACUCUAGAGCUCUGUCAGAGUGACCAUCGGGUUCUUGGUCACCUCCCUGACCAAGGCCCUUCUCCCCCGAUUGCUCAGUUUGGCCGGGCGGCUAGCUCUAGGAAGAGUCUUGGUGGUUCCAAAUGGAGGCCACUGUGUCCUUCCCCAGAUCUGUGCCUCGACACAAUUCUGUCUCGGAGCUCUACAGACAAUUCCUUCGACCUCAUGGCUUGGUUUUUGCUUUGACAUGUACUGUCAACUGUGGGACCUUAUAUAGACAGGUGUGUGCCUAUCCAAAUCAUGUCCAAUCAUUUGAAUUUCCCAUAGGUGGACUCCAAUCAAGUUGUAGAAACAUCUCAAGGAUGAUCAAUGGAAACAGCAUGCAGCUGAGCUCAAUUUCGAGUCUCAUAGCAAAGGGUCUGAAUACUUAUGUAAAUAAGGUAUCAUUUUUUAGUUUUUUUAUACAUUUGCAAAACAAUCUAAAAACCUGUUUUCGUUUUGUCAUUAUGGGGUAUUGUGUGUAGAUUGAGGAUUUUUAAUUAUUUAAUCCAUUUUAGAAUAAGGCUGUAAUGUAACAAAGUGGAAAAAGUGAAGGGGUCUGAAUACUUUCCGAAGGUAUUGGUGUAUUAGAAGCAAUUAUUGGUACCGUGAUUGUCUUUAAAAAAAAAAAAAACAUUUACAUGAAGAUUGAACACGAAGAUUGCCAUUUUUCCAUAUACUAUAAUGGGGAUCCUGUUUUCUACUAACAAUGCUUGCAGUACCAUUACAUUACAUUUUAGUACCGCGGUCAGCCUUGGACAUCCGUGGCUACCCUGUGUUGUCCGACUCCACAUUUUCCUAAUGUAAACCCUGGUGUGUGUGUUCCAGGUUUGAUGACUUUGAUGACGCCAUUGAUGAAGCGAUAGAGGAGGACGUCAGAGAUGCGGAUGGAGGAGGUGAGAAAUAGAGAGGAGAGAUAAAGGAGAGAGCGAAAGGGAGUGAGUGUGUAGACUGAGGACUGAAUGGCUGUCUCAAAUGGCACCGUAUUCCCUAUAUCAGGGAUCAUCAACUAGAUUCAGCCGCGGGACGAUUUUUUUACUUGAGCGGAUGGUCGAGGGGCCGGAACAUAAUUACAAAUAAUUUGUAGACUGCAAAUUACCCGCAAGAAGCCCAAACAGAUAUAAUGUUUGACUUACAUUUGUAUACGAUCACGUGUCUCUCUAUUAUGCGUGGGAAUACUUGGGAACAGAUUAUUUUUUGGCUCAGAAAACUUGGGGGGCCAAAUAAAACCAAAUUCGUCCCUCGGGACGCCAGUUUGAGAACCCUGCCCUAUAUAGCCCUAAGGGCACUGGUCAAUAGUAGUGCACUAUAAAGUGAAUAUGGUGUCAUUUUGGACGCAUUCAAUAUGAGGAACAAGAUGCAACCGAGGGUUUAGAUGACAGAAUAGUGGCCUGCCUGUGUUCGUGUUGUUGUGUGUAACCCUGUGGUCCUGUGUGUAGGAGUAGGGCAGGGUAAGGACAUGGCCACCAUCCUAUCAGAAGAGGGGAAGGAGAAACGAGGACCAACCACAGCUCAGGCCCCUCCCACCAGGAGCAGGAAGAGGCGGAGACUCAACGACCUGGAGAGCGACAGCACGGCUGCAGAGAGCGAGGAGGAGUUUCAGCUCAGCGCCAGGUGUGUUUGUGCCUGACUGGCCUUAAGUCAGUUCAAGUAAUUCCGUGGAUGUGUGGGUGGGUGCUACGCAUUGGAGCUACACCCCAUAUUGUAAAGUAAUUUUUAGUUUGAGCACUAUAAAUGCAAACUUUUAACGUGUGUGUGUGUGUAGUACGGAGGAGGAGGAGUUUGUAGCGUCAGGUGAUGAGGAAGCAGCCAGUGAUGUGGACAGCUUUGCCAGCGACCCAGGCUUCGUAAGCCAGUCCACACGGGCACAGAGAAGGGCACCUAAACAGAGAACCACCAGGACCUCCAGGACUGCAGCAAAGUGCAAGAAACGCCCACGCAGACAGAGGAGAGGAUGGGGGGAGGAGGAGGAGAGUGAAGAGGAGAUAGGUGAGUAAGGCUUGGAAUAUGAGUUGGGAAAAAAUGACACACAAACAGAAAUCCAGAGGUUUGGUGCUGGAGGUUAAAUAACAGUUGAAAGUAAAAGAAAAGUAUCUCCCUCCCUCUCUCUGUCCCUCUGCUUCUCUCUCUCUAUGUAGAGACCAGUGAUUUGAGUGACAGCGAUGGGGACAGGAAGAGGUGUGGUUUAAGGCGGGGCCGGAAGUGGGAGGUGAACUACCGCGAGACGUCAGAAUCCGAGGGUUCCCAGACAACCACCAAUAAGGACAAGGCCACACCCCGCCGCCGUCGUCUCUCCAGCUCAAACAGCGAUGGUCAGUUACUAUGGUUACCAUCCCUGCCCCCAAUUAGGGAGGUCCAUGUGGAACUUGACAGGCUGUCAUUUAGUGAAUGUGAACAACUCAUAACCAACCUGCAUUCAGACACUAGCGGAAAAAAACGCUUCUGCUUCCGCAAGUGAAAGCGUGCCGAUUACGUUCCACCCCUCCCCCUCCUAAAUUUAAACCAAUCUAAACCGACCACUGUCCCUAAACCAACAUUUCCUGGUUGGCUGGAUGAAGCGGAAAACACGUCACCAGACGCAGAGAAAAUAGAGCCAUCGAUUCCAUUGCAUCAGGCAAAGGAACGUUUUUGCCGCUAGUGUCUGAAUGCGGGGUUAACUCCUGCUGCUGUCUGAAUCCGCCGCUCGCUCCCUCUAUUUCAGAAUCCUCCCAUUCCAGAGAGUCUGAGGAGGAAGAAGAACAGAAGAGAAUGAGGGGAAAGAGGCGGAGAGAAGAGGUGGAGGAGAGUAGAACAAGGGGAAAGAAGAGGGGAGGAGAGAAGAUGGGCAGAGGGAAGCGGAGGGAGGUGUUGAUAGAACAGCGGAGGAAGAAAAGCAGACCCUCCACUAAAGAUGAUAAUGAUGAAGGGGAAUCAGAGUCGUCAUCCGAGGAAGAUCGUCCGAUCCGAAAACGACUUAACCGCAUCGACUCUGAUGAAGAGGAGGAGAAAGAGGGAAAAAAUAAGGAGGAGGACAAGGAAGAAGAGGAGGAGAAGAAGCUGAGAAAGCCGUUGUCAAAAGACAAGGAAUCAAACAGCCCUAACGGACAGCAGGCCUCUAGAGGCUCAACAAAGCCUGGGGCUGAGAGCGCAGCCUUACCCAGGGACAGAGCAGCCAGAGCUGGGCAGAACAGGUCUAACAGUCCCUCACCUCCUGACCAGUCAGACGCAUGA